CCGUGUCGAAUAAUAGCGUAGUGCUCCCUCCCAUCUGGUUAUAAAGCUCUGCUCUGUUUUACGGAUGAUUAAGCAAAGGUUUGAUUUGCUGCUCUGCAAACAUCACUAUGGAAAAGCAGCAGAGACAUGAAUUCAGGCGAUAUUGGGAUGCAUGCAGAGAAGUGCCAAUCAUUCAAGAUGAGCAGAAACCAAAGAAACGAGUGCAGUGUUUGAAAUGGUUUUCGUGUGCCAUUGUUGGCAUACUUGUCUUUGUGCUUGCACUACUCAGUAAAACAUCUUUUAUCUUAUUGAUAACAUUUGGGAACAAUCAAACCGAGAUUAUAAGUUCAGAAAAAAAGCCCACCGCCCUACUUGGCAUUGGCUUCGUUCUGGUCGGGCCGAGCGUUCUGCUUCUGCUGAAAAGCACAUGGAAGUUCAUCUUCAAGAGUGCAGCCAUGCCCUCUAAAAAAACUGUUUUAUGGGUCCUGUGUGUUGAGUUCCUGGUAGCAUUGGGAGCUGCAAUUCUAACAAUAGUAGCCAUGCCACACUUCGACAUUAUCACUAAUGUGACGAUCCUAAACAGUGUUAGCAUCCUGUCAGCAGUGUUCCAGGUAGUCGCCGAGUGCCUCGCCAAAGAGAGGAAGCGGCUUAUGAUGCUCCCCGUUUGCUCCAUUUUCUUCAUCGUCCUAGGUUAUGUGCUUUUUUCCGUUGGUUAUCUUGUAUUCGAAAGUUCCCCUAAGAUAAAAAUAUCAAUUGGCCUUGCCAUCGUGGGGACCAUCUGCGUUUCUGUGAACUGGUGGGAAAACUACAGCACGCUCUUCUCCGUUUCAUCUCUAGAGGACAUUUCCAAAGACAUCGCUCAGUCCCGUAAUGUAGUGUGCAUCAUCUCCAGUUUGGUGAGAAUCCUGAUUACUUCAGCUGUGGCUGGAGCUUACGUUCCUCUGUCAGGUCAGGACUGGAAAUCGGUCAAACUCGUCUUCGAAACAGUUGUUAUUUCAUUGGUGGCGAUUCAGAUCGCAUCCUCUGCCCUGUGCCACUGGUUUGUAGUUGUGGCUUGCAAGAUGCACGCCCUGCACCGCUGCUUCGCCUUGCCCAUAUACCUGGCCUCGAUCACGGCUUUGCCAGUGUUUUUUAUUUCAUUUGCAGUCAAACUCCCAGAGACUAAUCAAACAAACAUUCAGGCGAUAUCCAGUGACAAACUGUUGCUGUUGAUGUUGACAGAUGCUAUGAAAACUCUACAUGCCAGGAACAUGGAGACAGGAGGACUGGCGUGUUUGAUCUGCUCUGCUUUUAGCUGGUGGUUGGGACUCAUGCUCAGUACAUUUUACAUCUGGUUCCUGAAGAUCCAUCGAAUAGAAAGAACCCAAGAUCUGUUUGUGCGACGCAUGUAUGAAGGAGCGUUUCUGGAACAGUCCAUGUUGCUGAACACUCGUUUUGAAAUCAGAAAGAGAAUCAAGGAGAAACGGUGCGCAAAAGAAACCAUCAGAGUGUUUCUGUGUGCAACGAUGUGGCAUGAGACCUAUGAUGAAAUGAUGAAGAUAAUCAUCUCUAUGUUCAGGCUCGAUAAAUACAGGCCCAAGACCGACAAACAAAGCGAUGUCGCGUUUGAAUUCCAUAUUUAUUUUGAUGACGCUUUCAAGGAUGUUGAUAAUGGAAGGCAGCGGCAUGCAAAUGAAUACGCUGAAAUUCUUGUGGAUGUAAUUAAAGAAGUUUACACCAUUUUCAGUGAAGAGGAUCCAUGUAUAUUCAAGCAGAUGCCACCACUACCAUGGCAGAAGAUCAUAAACACCCCCUAUGGAGGUCGGCUGGAAUACACCCUCCCUAAAGGCAAUGUGAUGAUGGUUCACCUCAAAGACAAGCAACUUAUCCGUCACAAAAAAAGAUGGUCUCAGAUAAUGUACUUGUAUUACAUUCUUGGCUGGAGACUUAACAAAAAGUACUUCCAAUAUUUCGAAGCAGGAGAAGAACUGGAAUCACUUAAGGAGAGACUGAAGAGAGACAAGGAGAACACGUAUAUCUUGACCCUGGAUGGGGAUACUGAUUUCCAGCCGUCUGCAGUCAUGCUAUUAAUUGACAGACUGAAACUCUACCCAGAGGUUGGGGCUGCUUGUGGCAGGAUUCAUCCAACAGGCACAGGGCCCAUGGUGUGGUAUCAGAAGUUUGAAUAUGCAGUAGGCCACUGGCUGCAAAAGACUGCGGAGCACGUGUUCGGCUGUGUACUGUGCAGCCCUGGAUGUUUCAGUCUUUUCAGAGGAGCCGCACUCAUGGACGACAACGUCAUGAAGAGGUACACAACUAAAGCAACUGAAGCCAGCCACUACGUCCAGUAUGAUCAAGGUGAGGACCGCUGGUUGUGCACUCUGCUGCUGCAGCAGGGGUGGAGGGUUGAGUAUAACGCAGCGUCUGAUGCCUACACCAAUGCGCCACAGGACUUUAAAGAGUUCUACAACCAGCGCAGACGCUGGGGACCUUCUACCAUGGCCAACACCAUCGAUCUCUUGGGCUCAGGAGGACUGACCUCUCAGAAGAACAGCUCUAUCUCAAAACUAUACAUCUUGUACCAGAUUAUCAGCAUGGCAGCUUCCAUCUUGGGCCCUGCCAAUAUCUGUCUAAUGAUAUCAGGAAGCUUUGUGUUCAUUUUUGAAGUGAAUGAAAAUACAGCUCUUGCUUUGGCCAUAGUGCCACCUACUGUCUAUCUCAUCUUAUGCUUCAAACUGAAAUCUGAUAUGCAGAUUAAAAUUGCAGCAAUUAUGAGUGUGCUCUAUGCAUUUCUCAUGGCGGGAACAAUUCUCUCCAUCAUAGGUGAUUUAGUGAAGCAAAAAACUUUUCUGACCCCUAGUGGUCUGUUUCUCAUCGGCAUGGUGGGGUUGUACAUCAUCACGGCAGGUUUACACCCUCAGGAGUUCUCACUGGUCAUCUAUGGUUUGUUAUAUUUCCUCUGCGUUCCCAGCGGUUAUUUACUCUUAGCCAUUUACUCUAUAGUCAACAUGAACAAUGUCACAUGGGGCACUCGUGAAACCGGCAGUCAGGCUAAGAGUACUGCAGUCGAUACCAUCAAGAAGAAGGUCAUGAAUGCCAUAUGUUGCAAAUGCCCAUGCUUGGAAUCUGAAGAAGAUUCGAGCCAGGAGAUACUACCAGCAGAAACCAUAACAAAAACUGAAAAGACACAUAUUCCUUUGGAAACACAAAGGGCACACGAGCUCCCACUCCAUCCUCAUCAAACUUGGAUUGAACAUCUGCAGAUGAAAUCUUACGACUUUCCCUUGCAUGAAUCUGCACUUCCAAUGGAUGAAAUCAAUUUCUGGAGAGAAUUGCUGAAAAAAUAUCUUGAACCUCUUAAAGAGAAUAAAGAAGAACAGGAAAAAAUUGCUAAUGAUCUGAGAGAACUUCGAAAUAAAGUCACAUUUGCCUUUUUCAUCUGCAAUGCACUUUGGCUAGUGGCAACUUUCUUCCUUCAGGCAAUUGGUGACUCAAUCUCCAUAAAGAUCCCAAAACUCUAUCCCAAUGGGACUUAUGAUGCAAACGAAGUGUUUUCCCUUGAUCCAAUUGCACUGAUGUUUCUACUGAGCUUCACAUUAUUGCUGAUUUUGCAAUUUGUUGCAAUGCUAUACCACAGAAUCUACACGUUAAUCCAUUUUGUGUCAUAUGCUGAUACAGAAAUUAAAGCUUGUAGAAAGCAGUCACAUCAGGUUGCACAGAUCCAGUACUCAAACUACCAGCAUGAGACGGAUGAGCCCGACACAUCCUUAUGCUUUCAGAACCCUUCUGUUUUGAGAAGAGCUGACUUCAGUAUGACGAUUUGUAUUUAAUUCUUAAGGUUUAUCACCCUAUAGAUACUGAAAUAGUAUAAAUAAAAUGUUCUGAAUUAUUUAUUGUAUACACCUCAAUAUCUUGUUGUAUAAAAAAUGUCAAUUAAUGAUUUUAUUAAUUACAUGAUAUACCAAUUAAUAAUCAGAUUAAUCAACCUGAUCAGAAUCAAUCAGCAAUCAAUCACCUAUAUCAGACAGUAUUUGCUAAGAAAAGCCAUUAUUUUUGCAGACUAACGCUUUAGAUAUUAUGAACAUUUCAAGAAGUGGCCUUUGAAGGCAAUUGUUACAUGUUAAAUUGACAAUCAUAAAAAUAUUUUAAAUGAUUUCUUUGUACAUAUUUACUGUAGAGUGUAUUUAAAUAUAUAAAAAUGAUCUAGUCUCUUUUGAAAUCAUCUCUCAUUGUGACUCCUUAAGUUUUGUUAUUGAAUAGAAGUUCAGUUUAAUUGUUCAUACUUGUAUACUUGAUGGAAUUU